AAUCGUUUUCCCGGUGGGUGACUUCUUUUUUCGAUGCCCACUCGCUGCAGAGGGCAAACGGCAUCGUCACGUCACCACCAGUGAACAUGACUAAACAGGAAAUGGUGAAAUUAACCAAAUUGGCAAGUAGGGUGACGCCGAAAGUCUUAAUGAGGUUAACGAAAGACCAUGAAUUGUCAGAUCUAUACCAAUUAGAGAAUAAAAUAUUUAAUAAAAUAAAUACAGAACAAAUAUAUAUUGACAGGGAGCCAAAUUCAAUUUUGGCUUUCCUAGGUCCCGGAAUGAAUACGAAUAACUAUAACAGAAAUGUAAAUAGGAAACAAAAGAAAGUGCUUUUGUUUUCUGAUGGGGUAUCUGUUCAUCGUCGUGUUCAUUGGAUAAGAGGUAAUAAUCUUUUUGCAUACGACGAUUACCUCAAAAACAUUGAAGAAUUUCUGGAGAGCUAAAAUCUCAACUGACAUACGAUUUCUCAACACAAUCGGAAGAAUAUAAUACAAUUGAUAUCUAAUAGUAAACACUAUUUAUAAAUUGUAUAGAUAAGGGACAUAUUUCAA